GAAAUGAAGUAUUUUGUAUAUAAAUAACCCGAAAUGGUAUAAAUUCAUGGCUUCCCUUCAUUCAAAUGGUGUGUCUCUUGAAGACUGCCUCACAAAUACUUUUAAACUUGCUGAAACAUAUUGUCUGAGAUGGCGCUGUUACCGUGCACAUCCCUUAAUACCAGUUAUUCCAGAGCAAGACCCUGUGUUGAGCACAUAUUCAAGCAUCCUUGAAGCAGGAUUUCUCUGCGCAUGGCAGAAAUAUUCUGUCAUAAAAACUAAUGAUGAAACCCCACCGAAAUGCGAAAAAGAACUCUGGGUUUUUUGGUAUGACAAAGAGCCCAAAGGUGACAAAGAGCCCAAAGGGCUUAGAGAAAAGAUCCACGUGGAUCUGACCGUACAUGAACCCGUGAACGAUGACAAUAUCAAAUACGAGUAUAAAACGAUUUUCUAUAAAGCACUUCAUAACUCAAUUGAAAGGCAUCUUCUCAAGCAAAACUAUGUUCGACUUGAUAAAUGGUUCCUCAAGCCCUUCGACGAUCCAACUGAAAUCUUUUCAAAUAAGGAACAUUUCUCGUUCUGCUUCUCCUUUUUCCUUCAUGGAGAUUCCAAUGUAUGUGCUUCUGUUGACGUUACAAGACACUCUCCAAUACGCAGAAUAACUUCAGAGCACGUAUUGCUCGCAUCUCGAAGCUCCAAUCCAAUUAACAUAAUGCUGGCUCCUCAUUGUCUCAAAGCGACACUGACAGGGGUAGCGUUCAAAACGGCAGACGACUCAGCUAUUUCUCAUCUACUCGAACAGUGGAAUAGGUACUACCCUUUAAAAAUACCAGAAGAAUCCGAGGACAAUUUAGUUCCACAGAGCGAAACUGGCUCAGCUCCUCCAGCUGUCGAAGUUUUGGUUGGCGAUGUACUCAUGUGUUAUCCUUCGUGGAUGGUAGUGAUUGCUAGUAGCGAAGAUCCUUUGUUAAAGCAAGCCGCUGGUUUGCCAAACAAUGUCUUACCAGGAUCAUCGACAGCUGCAGGCCAAGUAUCUAAAAACAAAGGUGCUAUGUUGACUUCAAGUCUAAUGGACAAAAAUGCUAUCUUGAUGGUCGACGCCGGGUUCAAAAACCUGAAUAUAGAUUCUAUCUCAGAUCAAACCAAAAUGUCGAAAGAAUCACUGCUGAGUAAAAGUGAGUUCCUUGGAGCGCAAUCUAACAGCACUUAUGGAACUUGUUUGUGCUGCAGCACGCGCAAUUCCAGGAAGGCUAUUUCGAGAAGAGAACGCAUGUCAGCUUUGAAUGCCACUCUAAAUUUCCAUCAACGGAAUUUUAGCGUCGAGAAGAAAACAAACGCAACAACUAAUCAAGCGGAUAAUAGAAUGCAAAAUGAACUUGGAGCCAUGUCGCCAAACAAAAGCUCAGUCACCGGCAACAUCACUUCGGCAAUAACUAAUCAGGCUGAAUCAAAACUACUCAGCGUAAGAACAAACAAUAUAGAUCCCGCAUCAUUUCCCAUCAUGAAUGAAUUACUGGGGCCACCAUCAUCAGACGGCCCAGCAACAGACAUCAGCAAGAAAACAUCCCCUUCGGGUUUGGAAAAAUCAGUGGAACGUCUUAACAACUUGGCGGAAACCAGUUCAAGCUCUGAAGAUAAAGGACGAAAUAAAGUCCUCUAUACUGGAAGGUUUAGUUCGGUGUCAUUGAAUGUUAAUGUUCCAGCUGAGUGCGAGCGAAAUACUACACUGCCUAAGUUGUCUCGACUGAAAGGUGCGACGACAGUUUUGGACAGGGCUUUCUCAGAUUUACCAUCGGGCCAUAUUGCUGCUAAUUGGUUGAAUGACUUAGGAUGUGAGUUAUCCAAGCAGCAACUGUAUGGAUCUGAGGUCUCCGGGAGCGUCUACGAUUUCGAUGAUUUUCAUGACUUUACGGAGAGUUACUCGGACUCUGUUGGAUCGAGUACUGCUAAAAGGGGCCGCGGCGGCGGAGGAGGUAAACGCGGAACUGGGAGAGGAAAAGAUCCCAAUAAUCAGAGUUUGAAGAAAACUGCCAAGAAGAGGAAAACUGCCCAAAAAGAGGCUGAUUCACCAGGUAGUGACAUCGGAAGUGGUAACCUGUUCCCUGCGAUGGCACAGACAAGCACUAAUUUAAGCUUGGCUGGACUCAUGAAUGGUAAACAGAAGGCAUCAGUGAACAACAAGCAGAUGGCGUCUCCUGGAGGCAGCCUGACAACUGCGAGAUCUCUAGAAAUGACAAAAGCAGAGUUUGUGGAGAACACGUUCGAGUCUUCAGACGAAGAAGAUAUUCCUAAUAUUUUAGACUCAUCGUACCUGACAUCUUUCAAUGGAGAUCACGACCAUCAACCGCCAUCAGUGAAGCAACCUGAUAGCGUAGAGCUGGCGAGGAUGUUUCCGACCCCACCCUCUAAUAACCCUCCAGACAUGUGCUCCACUGUGGGCACCACCGUCGCCUCAUCGCCCCAAAACGCUACAAACUCACCUUUUACACACAAUAGCAACGCAACCUCUUCAGAACACAACAGCAAACUCACGCAUGGCUAUGGAAGCAUCAUUAUGCAGAAUGGGAUCUCAGACCAAGGAGUCGGGGCAGCCGAUAGCAUGAAUAUGUUCCUAGCAGCAGCGGGUCUGGAAACGCGGACGCUGGUCGUCCCCGAAAUGGAGCGAAACACAUCCAGUAUUCAGGACUCGACACUCAACUGCAGCAUGAAUUCAAACAUUUCCAGUACACCAUCAGCGAAAGAAACAUUGACUCAAGAUUCGUGGACACUUAUAGUCAAUGUGGAUCGGAUGGCUUCAUACGAGCAGUCUGACAGUUAUCACAAAUUGUAUCUUUCCUCGCCUAUCCAACAGGGCAUUAUGUCAUUGGCUAGCCAGGCCAAGCGCAGAAAAUGGGACUUAACAAGCGAUUCGGCACUGCUUAAACCGAAGAAAUUCAGCUACUGUGUCGGACGGAAUCGCAAAUUAAUGAUGGAGAUGGAAAGUAAAACUGGUUUGAUGAAUCAGGCUAAUGUGGAAUUACAUGGGAAGUCGAAGAAUGUGGCGUGCUCUCCGGGCGCAAACGAAAUUGUAUCUUCAUCUACCCCGAUGCCAACCACCAGCUUGCACAGCCACGAACAAACUUCUGUCCAAUUUGGCUCCGCUCCAACUCCAUUGAGUGUUGCAUACAGUCAAUCUCCCGCAACGCCCCACAGUGUUCCAGUGAACACACCCGGUGGAUCUGUGAGUGCAGUAGGAGCCCCAUUUAGCCACGGAGCCCUCACUAACGAUAUCAAUUCACCCCUGUCGUGCCAGUCUCUGGCUAGGACUCCCUUUGGGAUGUAUGGAAGCAGUGGGUACGCCUCAAUAGGACCCUUAUCCUGCAGUACAAUGAAACCACCCGCAUCUAUGAGCAGUCUAGGAGGCACUCACAGCCUCCUAGUGAACCUCUACCUCUCAGACAGUCUUCUCUACAUAUUCACAGACGUGAACUUUGACAGCUGUGUCAUCUGCAAUUGCAACCUCACCAUCCAGAGUAAAGACGCCUCUUUGUACUUAAGUGGGACUCCUCUAGCCCUGGACACUGCCAACGUCACCGCAGACUGUGAAUGUGGCUUCAGCGCGUUGAGAAAUCGGCAUCUGGCAGCAGGCGCCGGACUUUUCGGAGAAGAUGAAUUCGAAGUGGUAAACCGAAUAUCAUACAGGAAAGACAAAACGCUGUUGCCGUGGCAGUCUAGUCAGAGUCUGAUCAAUCUCAUAAGCGAGCAGCUCAGGUCAACUUGCUCGCUUUUGCCCAAGUUCAACCUCGCAAACCUUCUGUGUAUCGACAAAAAAUUAUACAGAGGGCCAAAACCAAGGAAAUUGCAGUUCACACAGCGCGAGUUAGAUGGUCGCCUGAGCAUUAAAGAGGCAAUCCAUUUCUCAAAAUUUACGGUCGAGGACCCUGCAGCUGCAUCCGCAAUAGACAUCAAAAAGCUGCGCUUUGACGACUGGCUGCUGCAACGAGAUCAUUCCAUUGUCUACACGGCAGAAGGACUCCUGUCCAAGGCAAUGGCGUCUGCAGUUACUAACAUCGGACGGGAGAUCAAAGAGGUGUGCUCGACACUGACCGCUGACUGUGUGAUCAAGUCGGAUGGUCCGCUCACUUGGGCUCAGUUUUACAAGCACUCUGGUGGAGGAGUAUAUACCCCACAAGACCUGAAACCCCUGCCUGUUCCCUCCUUAAUGGUGGCCACAAACGAAUACUACAAUACAUCAGUGUCACCGUUCGCUCUUUCUCACUGGGAUAAGUUGGUACUGGAGCCGUUCAGCGGAAGCCGGACUAUCUUCUACAUUGCAGUGUGCCCUGAUGACCGUGAAAUCAUAGAUUGUGCAGAGAAGUUUUUCAAAGAGCUAUCCUCCGUCUACCAGACAAGUCAAAUGGGUUUGCAUGUGCCUGCCCAAAUGUGUGGACCCGAGUUAGGCUUGUUGUACCAGAGGUCGGGCAUUUUCGUGGUUUCAAACGAAAAGAAGGAGCCCUCCGGGCAGUUUUCUCAGAUGCCUCUGGGAGCUGAGCCGGAUUGGUGGAACUCAUUAGCCAAUAGCACGCAGUGUAGAGAAAAACUGCUUUCAUUCGUCGCUUCUUGCCAGUCGCAGUUGAAAAAUGUGAUCGAACAGGUUAAUUUUGAGCCUGGUGCUAGCUACUUGUCGACUCUGAAUGGAGAGAGAAAUGCAUCUCAAAGCGGCGAUGGAGUUGUAAUCAAGGAGGAGUUCGGAAACGGCGGAGACAAUGGAAGCGCUCUGAAUAACAAUUACAGGAGUGGCGAAGUGCAAAAUGGGUAUCAAAGCGUAGGCUCGUCUUUUAAAGAACCAUACGGUGCUAAUCACUCGCCCAACAUCAAGACUGAAAACAACUCUCAAACUCAUUCUAGCUCAUCAGAAAACUCAGGAUCCGGUGGACCGUUUGGCAGCAAAACGCAACCCAGUACUCUUGUUAUAUACAUGGUUGACCCUUUUGCCCAUAUGAAUACUAGCAGGUCUAGUCCGUCCAACGCCUCAAUUGCAGCAUCUUUAGCGUGUUUGAAAACGUUCCAGACGAUAGUGGAUAGCUUGCCCGAACAUAUUCAGCAGAAAUGCGUAUUGCAGAUUCUACCUCUCUCCACCAUAGCUUCUUUCACAAGUUGGCGGAACUACUCAAUGAACAGAAAGCUUCUCAAGUCAUAUUGCUUUUCUAUUUACUCCAAGUGCAGUACGAACUUACUCCGCCUUGUGCCUUGCAAGUCACUAACUAGUUUUGGUCCUUCAGCCGACAGGGGAAAUACGUGUUCCAAGUAUGGUCUCCGUACUACUACAUUUACACCCCCAUACGUUCUCACACCGACACGAGUGGAUACUAAUGGUUCUGCAUCCCACAAGACCCUCCAGACAAUUCCAGAAUUAAGCUUCCGAGAGAGUUUGACGUCCAGUAGUUCCACACUUCCAGGCCAGGACUGUAAAGUUCUCUUUGUGACUUACUGCUUGUCACAUGACCAUCGAUGGAUUCUUGUGACAUGCACGGAUCUCGUGGGCCAUAUUUUACAUGUGAACACUAUAAAUGUUGAGCGCAGUACUGCGUCGAGUGCGAAUAAUAGGAAGAAAGCGGCAGCUUCUAAACAGACUACUGAGAGAAGGGGUCCGGGCUUGGAGAAGCUGUGGGAGUAUGUGUUGUCUAUUCUGUCCAAAAGUGCAAUGCCCUGGAGAGUGGUCAUCGGAAGGUUUGGCCGACUUGGCCAUGGCGAAGUGAAAGAUUGGCACAUAAUGCUGAGCAAGCCCUCAUUGACCAAGUACUCGCAAUCUCUGAAGCAGUUGUGUGCCACAUGCAAACUGCAGGGAGACACGUGCAGUGCCUCCAUCCUCUCCGUCUGUCUAGUCUCAUUGGAAUCUGCGAACCAUCUCCAAUUAUUCCAUGAUCCUCAUAGUGGGGGAAGUGGAAGUGAAGGUGGCUCGGGGGCAAGUGGGAGUGGCAGCAGUAAGAAAGGGAGUGGGCUCUCCAGUUCUUCAUCUGGACAGUCCUCAUUCAUAAGUGGACUGAGUGGCACCAGAGAAGUGUCUUGCACCCAUGUUCUCGUCAUCCCCAUUUCAGCAAACUCCCAACUGGCUUCUAACACGCCGCAGAUGAAUCCAGGGCCGAAUGAACUGGACAACUUGAGUGAACUAUUCAACUUCAUCGACGAAGAACAAAAUGACAUCGGACAGAUCAUGGACGAAUUGGACACCAUUCCUGGCAAUAAAGCUUCCGACAGUCUCGAAAAUGACAAUUCAGGCAACGGAGGAGUUACGAAAAAAGCGCAGUGCUCUGCGUUUUUACCUCUGAGUGAAGGAGACCCGAAGGACCCCCUCCAGCAGCAGCCCUUGGCGCUGGGCUUCUACGUAUCAACAGCACCCACUGGUCAACUGCCCUCCUGGUUCUGGUCCGCGAACCCUCUUGCCGAGUUCAGAGAUCCAGCAACACUUAAAGCUGCUCUUCACAUCAAAACCUCAAUGAAUGACGAGCAAAAUCAUCCACUAGAUUCAAUGCAUACGACAACAGUUCUUCGACAUGUGUUGGAAAGUUACAAUUCGCUGUCCUGGUUAAAUAUUGACCCAUUUUACUCGUUUGACAGAAGUUCCUGCCUGCCGUUCCACAUGGUUGUUCUAGUCAAUUUGUAUCACUGCAUGGAAAAAUUCUCGACUCUAUCUGUUCCCAGCUUACAGCAUCCCUCGUCAGCCGGCAGUGAAAUUUCACCCAACACCCAAAUCGUCAAGGACAUUUUACAUCAACAGCACUUAAAUCGCGUCUCGAAAAGUUGAUGAACAGUCAACCCUUCCGUUCUUAGAAUGAAUCUCUUGAAUUGAAAUGAGGAAUUCUUUCUGUGCCAAUGAAAUAAUGGCAUUGUUUUAUCUAUCGAAAUUACGUUUCAAGUUAGCUUGUUGAUAAUAUUUUGGAAACUAGUUUUAAUGCCUAUUUGACACACCUAACAGGACAAACUCCGAUCCGUAGAGUUAAUUGCUAUAAUUGAAUUGAGAUACAGAGAAUAUAUUGUAGUAAUAUCAAUGUAAUUUAUUUGUGUUCUUAAUUUUUACCCUAAAUAAGGGUGCGCAAAUUUGAUUUGGUUAAGUUUUAAACUUAGUACCCAUUCACUGCUUUGCUUUUUGGAUGGUCAAUAUUUGCGAAUUAAUUUUUCGAAUGACGUCUUAUCCGUUGUUCAACUUCUCAUGUGACAUCAUUAUAUGUGACUUGGAAUUUGAAAUGAAUUGUAGAAGUGUAGUUAAAUAUAUUAGCAAUAUUUUUCCCUGUGACUUUUUAUCGACUAGUGACUGCGUUUAUUCGGUUUAAUGCGUUACGAUAAAACGAUAGUAACCGGUUGGCGUGCAGUUAAAACAGAAU